AUGCCCAACUGUCCAGGCUGCAAUAAACCGGUAUACUUCGCUGAACGUAUUUCAUCAAUCGGUAAGGAUUGGCAUCGUCCAUGCUUGCGGUGUCAGAAUGAAAACUGUCGUAAAACAUUGACUGCAGGCAAUCACUCCGAGCGUCAAGGAAAGCCAUAUUGCAACCAUUGUUAUGGAGCAUUAUUUGGACCGAAGGGAUAUGGACACGGUGGUUCAGAGUCACACACAUUUCAUAAUGGCCUUACUGGAAAAGCGAAGUGA